AUGAACAGAUUGUUCAAAUGCCUCCCUUCUACAAGCUCCAUGAGAGCCCUCUCAAGUAUUGAAGCCCAGAAAGCUUUACCAGAGCAUAUGAAAGUAUUUGACCGCAAUGCUAAACGACGACAAAGAGAUUGGUCUUUCACUCAUAAAGAUUUCGAGGCAGCUCAGUAUUUGAAAGAAGAAGUAGGCUGGCGAGUAGCUGACAAGGUUUUCGAUCUGACCAAAUUUAAUGAACUCGCCUUAGAUAUAGGAUGUGGUAUAGGACAUAUAGCUCCUCACAUGAUCAAAGAGAAUAUUGGAAAAUUGAUACAAUGCGACAUGAGCCAGGUUCUAGUAGAGAACAGUAAAGGCUGCGAUGAUGAUGAGGUUGUGAUCGAGAGAGUUCAUUGUGAUGAAGAGCUCUUAGAACCAUUUCACAAAGAACAAUUUGAUCUCUUGCUCUCCUCUCUGUCAGCACAUUGGAUAAAUGAUUUACCGGGAUGGUUUCAAAGAUGUUUUGAAAUCCUGAAACCUGAUGGGGCAUUCAUUGGAACCAUGCUGGCUGAGGACACCCUAUAUGAACUUCGAUGCUCGUUACAGCUGGCCGAGAUUGAACGGGUCGGAGGUGUUGGUUCACACAUAUCUCCAUUUGUCAAAGCUCAGGAUAUUGGCGGGUUGCUGGGAAAAGCUGGAUUUGAUAUGAUAACCUUAGACACAGACGAAAUAGAGGUUGGAUAUCCAAACAUGUUCGCCCUACUUUAUGAUCUCCAAUUGAUGGGAGAAUCGAACUGUACUUAUCGUAGAAGUCCUAGUGUUCGGAGGGAUGUGCUCCUGGCCGCCGAUUGUAUUUAUAAAGCGAUGUAUGCAAAAGACGAAAAGUAUCCAGCCACCUUCAGACUGGUGUCCUAUAUUGGUUGGAAACCUGGUCCAUUGAUGCCAAAGCCUGCUAAGAGAGGAUCGCAAAACGUAUCCUUAAAGGAUAUUGGUAAGUUAGUGGAAAAUCCAGAACUAUUAAAGAAACUUUCCGACACAAAGGAAGGAAAAGAGAAGAAAUAA